UCCAAACAAAUCUUUCACUUCUUCCACAAAUCAGAGUACUCUUCUUAGGUGCAACCUUCUUCAGAUAUGGCGACAGUACCAGCAUCCCUCACCGGAGUGACUGUGGAGUUCCUCGAGUAUCCGGCCACCGUGACGGCUCCGGCAAGCUCUGGCAAGACCUAUUAUCUCGGUGGUGCAGGUGUAAGAGGGGUGACAAUAGAAGGACAGUUCACAAAGGUCACAACCAUUGGAGUUUACUUGGAAGACAAGGCAUUCUCAUCUGUGGCCUCCAAAUGGAAGGGCAAGACUCCUGAUGAGUUAGUUAAUUCCAUUGAUUUUUUCAUGGAUAUUAUUAAAGGGCCAUACGAGAAAUUGAUAAGAGGGUCAAAGAUAGUAGCAUUGGAAGGAGCAGAGUAUGGCGGGAAGGUCUCACAAAAUUGUGCGAAUCAUAUGAAAGCCGCCGGCACUUACGGCGAAGCAGAGGCUAAAGCCAUUGAUAAGUUUGUACAAAUCUUUCAGCCUUACAACUUCUCACCUGGCUCCUCUGUUUUCUACUUGCAAUCCCCUGACGGAACUCUAACGAUUAGUUUCUCGGACGAUACUACGCUGCCAGAAAAUCCAGCGGGAGCGAUAGAAAACAAAGCACUUUCAGAGACAUUGUUGGAGACGAUGAUCGGUGAACAUGCUGUUUCUCCUGCUUUGAAACAAAGCUUGGCUUCCAGAUUAUCUUCAUUGUUCAAAGACAUCGACGUCAACAAUAAAUAUUGAGAAUUUAAUUUGGAACUCAGUUUAAUUUUCCGAAUUUCACAGAUAAGCAGUUGUGUGUUGUGCUGUGUUGUUUUAAUGUUUGUAUUGUUGUGCUAAUAUAUUCUCAUAAUAAUUAUUUGUGUA